AUGUGCACCGCCGAAGACAGGCGUUAUGGCGUGAAUUACCGAUGCCAGAGGCGAGCAGUGACGUUCUGCUUGAGCGCCGUUCCGGAGCAGUGGUUCUGCUCGAUUCAUUCCGAAAUGCUGCACCAACACCGAUUAUGUCUUAUUUGUCAGGCAUUCUGCACAGAGGGUGAGUUGAGGGUGUGCAAUGAGUAUGGGGUUCAGCACUGGAUGCACGACGACUGCUAUCACUUGUCGGGUAAUAUGUGCUGCCACUGCAAUACACUCUACUCGGCCGUUACUGGUCGCAUCUGCUACCCCUACAAGGUAAGCUUCUUGUCUCCCGGUCAUUUGGCUUACUGUUUUGGAAGUGUGCCAAUUACAGGAUGA